UCAUUGUUCAGCGUCAGCUAACUACGGUGCUAAAGGCUAACUAAGAAUACAAAGAGGUCUUAACUGUUUUUUUGCAUGGAUAUAAGGCCGUUUGAAUUCUCGGAGGACAUUUGAGAGCGGGUCAAAUCCACAAUGAGCAAGAGGAAAGCGCCGCAGGAAUCCCUGAAUGAGGGAAUAACAGACUUUCUUGUUGAGCUGGCUAAUUACGAAAAAAAUGUCAACAGGGCAAUACACAAGUACAAUGCAUACAGGAAAGCAGCAUCUACCAUUGCAAAGUACCCUCACAAGAUCAGAAGUGGUGAAGAGGCUAAGAAACUGGAUGGUGUUGGAGCUAAAAUAGCAGAAAAGAUUGAUGAGUUCCUACAAACUGGUAAAUUACGGAAACUGGAAAAGAUCCGAAAUGAUGACACCAGCACUUCCAUCAAUCUCCUCACCAGAGUUACUGGAAUUGGCCCUGCUGCUGCCAGGAAGUUUUUUGAAGAAGGGGUGAAGACAUUAGAAGAUCUGAAAAAGAUUGAGCACAAGCUAAACCAUCAUCAACAGAUUGGGCUCAAGUACUUUGAGGAAUUUGAGAAAAGGAUUCCACGUGCUGAAAUGGAAAAGAUGGAGAUGCUGAUACUUGGAGAGUUGGAGAAAAUUGAUCCAGAAUAUAUUGGAACAAUCUGUGGAAGUUACAGGAGAGGAGCUGCAUCGAGUGGUGAUAUUGAUAUUUUGCUGACCCACCCAAACUACACCUCUCAGACUGAGAAGCAGGCCAAACUCCUCCAUGCCGUGGUUGACCAUUUGGAGUCCAUUGGGUUUGUGACCGACACUCUGUCCAAAGGAGACACAAAGUUCAUGGGAGUCUGCCAGCUACAGCAGAGUGAUGAAGAUGAGGAAGAAUACCUUCACAGGCGUAUUGAUAUUAGGUUAAUCCCCAAGGACCAGUACUACUGUGGAGUCCUGUAUUUCACUGGAAGUGAUAUCUUCAAUAAAAAUAUGAGAACUCAUGCUCUGGAGAAGGGCUUCACUCUGAAUGAGUACACCAUACGACCAGUCGGGGUUACCGGUGUGGCAGGGGAACCUCUGUUGGUGGAUAGCGAGAGAGAUAUCUUUGAAUACAUCCAGUACAAAUACAGAGAGCCAAAGGACCGCAGCGAGUGAAGUUAUAGUUAUAUCUGCAUAAGGCUACAACUCUUUUCCAAACAAGAUCAGAAGCAUGUGUACCAAUGUGUGUUUUUGUGUGUGUUAGUCUUUCAUAUACCAUUCAAUUAUGAUAUUGAAUAGAAAACGUCAUCUAUCUAAAGUUGAAAUCUGUGAAAAUCCCUGUGAAUUAAAUUUUAAACUGAACACACACAUGCACAACAAAACAGUCAUUUUGUUUUUAACCUUAGGUUUAGUGCUCGGUGGUUGUAUGUGAAGGCUUAUGGGCUCAAUUUUUUAAGCAAGUUUUAAUUCAACAGUAUUUUUUUUUUCUCCACACGUACAUACAUUUAGUCUUGGAUAUUCCAGAAAAUGAUUACACCAUAACCUGGGAUGAGCAGUCUUGAUGUGGACUGGCUUCUUUUACAGUUAUCUGUCCAUCGUUGGAAAUGUUCGUUGUUUCCAUUAACAUUUUGGUUGUGCAAAAGUGUUUUAAUGUGUAUCUGUUACACAUGCAGACAAGACAGUAGUGUUGCUACUAUAUCUACUAUGUCUUAGUAGUUUUUAAAAACUCAUUCACCAUGGAAACUUAAGUGUGUGUUUUUAAACUUGUAGUAUUUAUCUUCCACUUUGAGUAAAUGAAUAAAUUAGGAAGAAGAAAUGCAAAAACAAUAUUUGCCUUUAAUUGGCUCAGUUUCUGGUUAUAGACACUUAUUUUGGCCAAAUGAAAAUACAUAUUUUUCUCAGUUUUUAUUGGUGUGUGAAUAUGACUGUUACACUGAGAUACUUGAAUAAAUUGUAUGUGUCCGUGUGAAAAUGAUUACUCGUGUAAAUCAGGGAAUUGUAUGUUCAGUUUUCAUUUGAAAGCAGUAGAUAAAAGUAAUGAAGCUAAUCAGGUAACCAGAAUUCCGCUACAGUGUGUCCUAUGAUACCGAUUUUUAUCUGUAACACAAAACUUGAAUGUUAGGAAUAGGACUGUGAAGUCAGCUUUGUAUGUGGAUGAUUGCAAAUAGUUCUAGAAAUAUUUAAGAAAAACCCAUGUAAAACAGAAUGGGGUUCCUAACAUCCAAAUGUCAUCUUUAUAUAUGAAUAAAGUAAAUGGGUGAAAAAAAAAAA